CGGACCAACGCAUGCGCACAGGAGGCCUCCCACGGGUUAGCGGACAUAACUGGUUUCAGCGUGCUCGGUCUCCUCCCCUCCGACUUUUUGCUCUCCUUCCGCCAGCAGCGCUCAGUGAGGGACCAUGGCUGAUCCUCGCGUGAGGCAGAUCAAGAUCAAAACGGGCGUCGUGAAGCGGUUGGUCAAAGAAAAAUUGAUGUAUGAAAAAGAAGCAAAACAACAAGAAGAAAAAGUUGAAAAAAUGAAAGCUGAAGAUGGUGAAAACUAUGCUAUUAAGAAGCAGACAGAAAUUUUGCAAGAAUCUCGAAUGAUGAUUCCAGAUUGCCAACGCAGAUUGGAAGCUGCACGUUCCGAUCUUCUACAGUUGUUGGAAAAUGAAAAAGACUUGGAAGAAUCUGAAGAAUAUAAAGAAGCACGUUCAGUUCUGGAUUCAGUGAAGCUAGAAGCUUAAAAUGUUUCUCAAUAGUGAAUGAUUUUUUUUUCAUUAAACACUGGGGUCCAUUCCACAUUUUAUUAUGGUUGGCCACUGCUGUGUGUGUUCAAGUAGUGUAAGAAUGUGAUUCAUUUUUCUUUAUGGAGUUGCAUCUCUUUACCUUUUCUUAACUUAAAGAUGUACCAAAUAAAUGGGUUAGUCUGAUACA